AUGGGCAUUAUUGCUCGCCGGUUGCCACAUUUAGGGAGUUAUGUACAUAAGUGGUGGGGCGUAAAUUACCACAAACUUUGCGUAGUGGGGUUGGCUCCACCCGCUCUAAUUCUUGCUCGGAUUCUUACUUUCCUUACUUUUUCGACUCUGCUUUUGUUCUUUCCAACUGUCAUCUCUUUCUGCCUUCCACAUCCUCUUCCGCCCGAACUGUCCCUGCACCAGUUCUCGCGGUCCCCCCUCUUCGCUCAACAUCUCUUCAUCAAACAGCCAGAUUUUCCAAUCUUCACCAUUUUCGAGUACAGCACACCCCCCGUGGCCCUGAAAUCCUCGGCCGUUUCGGGGUCCUACCAUCGAAGUUGGAUGGAGACGUAUCACGGCCACGUCCGCACACCGGCGGACGCCAUUAUUCUCUUUGAAGCAUGUCGCAUCGGCCUGCUGCCUCGCGUCCAGCGGCGGCUUUCUGAGAAGGAGCGCCAGCUGAUCCAGUCCGGCUCGGUUUUCGUCUGGGAUGAACGGGAAGCCGGUAUGCGACGCUGGACCGACGGGAAGUCAUGGAGUGCCAGUCGUGUUUCCGGCAGUUUUCUGACGUAUCGUGAAAUGGAGGGCAAGCGAGGAGGCACCAGCGUGUCAACGCAAUCGACUAGAGCUGGGAAAACUCCCGACUCAGCACGCGGCAGCGACGACGAUCGGGGAGAGGGGCUCGAUGAUGGGCCGGACGGGUACCGGUAUAAGCCUGACGGCCUGAUGAAGCAGUCGUUCAGUAUCACCACCUCGACCGGCCAGCACCUGCAUCUCAUCAGCUAUUACUCGCGGUCGCAUCCCAACGCCGCCAACCUCCUGCAGCCGUCCACCGACCCAGCCCUGCGCAGCGUGCGUCCGCAAAAGGGCCUCUAUCCGGAAUCCACCGUUAACGAUCAGCAAAAUCUCCCUGUUGUCACACGCGGUCCAAUGACCGGUGCGCCGUACGCAGUGCCGCCGCCUCCACCACCGCCUCAACACCAUCCCAUGGCCGCAGCGUAUGCUCGCUCCGGCGCUGCUCAUCCACAAUCAUACGCGCCUGGAUACGCCUGGCCUCCCACGCCGCUGGGCACUCCCCCGGCUGUCCCAAUCCACUAUCCCGCUUACAUCUCCCCGCACCACCCGCCACAGUACCACGCGCUCCCACCACCGCCGCAGCAACCGGGUCUACCGCCAGGUUACGACCGCGCAGUCUACGACCGAGUUGUCCACCCAUUAGAGGGCCAAAUACCGCUACCGCCGCACCUCAUCCCGCAAGGGUCGAUUAUCAUCCCUGCUCGGUCACCCCGCGUGAUCGCCGAGCCCACACCACCCGAGUACGGUCCUGAUCGCCGCGCAUCUCCGCGCAUCCCACCUCCCCAUCCACACUCGAGUCCGCACGCGAACGGAGCCUCCAUCCCUCCGCCUACCACCCGCAGUCCGCGCGUUCCUAGCCAGGCUCUCCCUCCUCCUGGAGCGCUCAGCAUCCCGCCUCCAAAUCCUCCCUCCAGGCCGCCCUCAGAAACCAGCGGCACUGUUGUCCCCAGCAUUAACGUGCUGAUGAACAGCACUCCUGCCGCUCUGCCGUCGAUCUCUGCAGCCGUGCCUCCGCCGUCACUUGCACCCGCUGGCUCGGGGGCGCCUGCAUCUUCACCUGCGCCGGCGACUGCAGCUGCAGCUUCAAACGGCCGGCCGGCGGAUGGUCCACGUGAUAUCCCCAGCGACAAAAUCGGAUUUGGCGGCGAGGACAUGCGUGCGCUGCGGCAGCUGGAUCGGGUUUUCAAGGCAUAG